CCAAAGCAACGAUAUUAGACAAGACUGGCUAGAACACAGGAAUCACAUAGUCCACCUUGCCGGUUGCAGACUUCUACGCAGACAGUAUUCUGAAUGGGAGCCGGAUACAGUUUCACUUGACUCAGCCCCUGAAGAAUCCCAGCAACCCCCCACGACAACCGCAGUCCCCGCCUCCUCCCCGAGUUCCAGGCCCAGUCUACAGGCAAUCAGCCAUGGAGGUCCUGGCCCGUCAAACUCUGCCCCUCCCUUGCCAAGGAGCACUUUGGAAGCACUCAUGUCUUGGACUCCACCGAGGAAGAGAUCAAGGUCAAAGUCUUCAGGAAGGAAAGGAUCGAGGUCUCCACGGACGAAGAGGUCAAGGUCUCCACGGACGAAGAGGUCAAGGUCUCCACGGAAGAAGAGGUCCAGGUCUCCACGGAGGAAGAGGACAAGGUCCCCACAGACGAAGAGGUCAAGGUCAAAGUCUUCAGGAAGGAAGCGGUCGAGUUCAAGAAAGAGGUCAACGUCGCCAGCGAGAUUGCGGUCCCCAGAUUGGAAGCGAACCAGCGGUAAAGCUAGCUCACCCCGUAGCUCCAGACCUAUCCACAGCCGUAGAAGCCGCUCCCGUUCCUUGUCAAGCUCCUCCCCCAGCUCCGACCGUUACCGUGGCAAAAGGCCGUCCUCACCAGCCAGGAGUUCUAGGCGAAGCUCUGGGUCCCCACGAAGGGGUCGGGGGUCACGAUCGCCCCGACAUGCACGUGUUACCAGACCCAACCGCAGGUCACGCUCUGGGUCUCGAUCCCCGCACCCCUCCUCUCAGCGAAGACGGUCGCGCAGUCACGAUGGGAGGUCUUCGGGUCGCAGACAAGAGGAGACCAGCGUAGAACAGCUGGCCAGGAAACUACUGGAAUCCUCUGGUGUCCAGAGCUUCACUGGCUCCUCCAGUCUAGAGCUUGUGGUCCAGUCUCUGGCCCCAGUGCUGCUGGCAGAGCUGGCCAAGCUGAAGGCCGCUUCAUCAUCAUCCUCUGCUUCAUCUAAAGAAAAGAAGCCAUCCUCCUCCUCGUCAUCUAGAGAUGAACAGAAGCAGUCAUCCUCCUCAUCUAGAGACGAGAAGAAGCCAUCCUCCUCCUCCUCAUCUAGAGAUGUACAGAAGCAGUCAUCCUCCUCAUCUAGAGACGAGAAGAAGCCAUCCUCCUCCUCCUCAUCUAAAGAUGAACAGAAGCAGUCAUCCUCCUCAUCUAGAGACGAGAAGAAGCCAUCCUCCUCUUCCUCAUCUAGAGAUGAACAGAAGCAGGCAUCCACUUCUUUGACCAAAGGAGGGAAUGAACCACCUUUGUCCUCUUCCUCUGUUAAGGUAAUCAAGAAGGUGCUGGUUAAGAAGAGUGUACCAACUAAAUCUGCAAAACCUCCAGGGUCGGGUCUCCUGGGAUUUGUACCGGCCCAUCCUCCCCUGCUCCUGUCUGGGCUUCCCUCCACGGUCACCCAGCAGCAGGUGUUCUCCGCUGUAGAGAAGUUCGGAAAAAGCAGACUCAUUUCUGUGGCGCAACAGCGACAAGAGGCCACGGUGUACUUUCUACAAGAAGCUGCUGCUCAUGCCUUGCUCGGCUUUACGGAGCUGAAGAUUGGUGGAAAUCCAAUCACUGUGACACAGAAAGCCGUGCAAUGCAACAAGACGACUGCGCUCGGUACCAAGGGGACCACGCCUGGCAACAAGAAGGCCACACCUGGCAAUGCGACUACCACGCCUGGCAACAAGACAACCACGCCUGGCAACAAGACAACCACGCCUGGCAACAAGAAGGCCACACCUGGCAACACGACUACCAUCCCUGGCAACAAGACAACCACGCCUGGCAACAAGACAACCAUGCACGCCAACAAGACGCCUACUCCCAGCAAGUCAACAAUCACGCCUGACAACAAGGUGACCACACCCGGCAACAACACAGCCACGACUGGUAAAAAGACUGCCCCGUCUGGCACAGGACCAAUUAUGCCUGGCAACGAGGCCGCAAUCCCUGACAACACAACAGCCACGCCUGUCAAGAAGACUACCAUGCCUAGCAACUCAACGACUGUGCCUGGCAGCACAACAACGCCCGGCAACAAGAUGAGCACGCCUGGCAACAAGACUGCCACGCCUGGGAACAAGUCUGCCACGCCUGGCAUCAAGAAGGCCACACCUGGCAACACGAAGGCCACACCUGGCAACACGACUAUCAUCCCUGGCAAGGCCACCCCUGGCAACAAGAAGGCCACCCCUGGCAACACGACUACCAUCCCUGGCAACAAGACAACCACGCCUGGCAACAAGACAACCAUGCACGCCAAUAAGACGCCUACUCCCAGCAAGUCAACAAUCACGCCUGACAACAAGGUGACCACACCCGGCAACAACACAGCCAAAACUGGUAAAAAGACUGCCCUGUCUGGCACAGGACCAAUUAUGCCUGGCAACGAGGCCGCAAUCCCUGACAACACAACAGACACGCCUGUCAAGAAGACUACCAUGCCAAGCAACUCAACGACUGUGCCUGGCAGCACAACAAUGCCCGGCAACAAGAUGGCCCCGCCCGUUAACGAAACGAUCACACCUGGCGGCGACACGACCACAACCGGCAACACGACAACCAUGUCUGAAAACAAGACGCCCACUUCCAGCAACAUAACACCCACGCCUGACAACAAGGCAAUCGAGCUCAGCAACAACACUGACAUGCAAGGCGACACAGGGACAAUGCCUGUACAACCGGUGGCCCCUCCAUCUCUGGUUGCCAAAGUUUUCCCCACAGUCCUCUUCCUCAAAUCAAUUCAAUGUCUGGAUGUUCGGUGUUGGAAAUGGAAGGAUUUCCUACCCUACGCCACCAGUGGUGCCACCAUAAUGGUGACUGAUCUGCCAGAGAUGGAAUGUAAUGCUUCCAGCUGGUCUUCACAAGCCCUCACAAAAGUUUUGGAGAAGUUUGGCAACGUCCAAAAUGACAAAUGCUUCAUCCUUCCUGAAAACUGCACGGCGUUUGUAUCCAUGACGGCCAAAAAGGUGGCAGCCCUGAUGGAGGCGCUGGUGAUGGGAGCCUCCUUGAACUCCAAAACUGUCCGCUGUCACCUUCUGAAGGAGAACGCCCUCAAAUCUCCGAUCGACUUCUAUAAACAUCUUCUGCGCUGGAGUGAAAAGCUUUAUGAUGAGACUACAUUGGAGUACAGACUGGUGUACAUCAGCAACAUUCCUGUUAACAACUACUGGAUGUUGGCCUUCAAUGAAGGCCUCAGACAGACCGGAGGAGUCAGGCACUACCUGCCGCUGAUUGGCAAGAUAUUUGUAGAAUUCGUCACGGUGGAGGAUGCAGACCGAUUCGGUGUCUGGCUGUCCAAAUUUCGGCCGUCAAAGUCUAAGAGAUGGAGAAUCCGUUUCUCGCGUCCUGGCCUCGACCAAGACGUAUAUGAACUCUUCAAGGCACGGCGUGAAGAUGCGUUCUUGAUUACGCUGUUCACCCAGACCGUAUUCUAUCCCACCCUGUCCCCCCAGUUCUACACCCCUGCACACAGGACGGUGAACGGACCAGAAGACCUUGAGUGGGCGGGGAAACAUUUGACUGGGCAGAGCGUAGUCAUGGUGACAGGGCUGGCGUUAGGCACCUACCGCCACAUGGACCUCGUGGAUGAGGUGUGGCCUUACUUCGUGGAGAAGGACAUCAGCCUUGUGUACUACUCCGUAGUGAUACUACCUCUGCAGAGAAGGGCCUUCGUCCACUUUGACGACGCUUUGAAGUGUAAGGAGUUUGUCUCCGAUUUCCUCCACAAGCCGUUCACUAUAGGAGGAUCUGACCUCACCCUCCACUUCCUCCUGGACCAUCUUAAGCCCUGCACCUCAGAGCUGCAAUUGUACAACAGACUGCGGGGAUGGACCAAUGUUGCGUGUAACAAGGCUGAUCACCAGGACCAUCUGAUACUGAAGGAGAUGGAUUACUGCAACAGAGAAGAGCUGAGGUUCAUCUUUAAAGACAUAUUGACAAGAACAAGCCCCAACAACUGGGUCAGCUGCCUAGUCCUCGCCAACCGGGUGGUUUUCCAGAUCGUUAAUGGAAUACGGGAUAUUACCCGUACGUACAAUGUGUUGAAGAAGCUCAAUGCUAAAAAGGGGAGGACUCCAGUUCAAUAUGUGAAAAAUCGGGAAGUGUGGAAAUCGGUAAGCGAUUUCACGUCAAGCAUUCAGAAUAUAGAUGUCAGGACAGUGAUCAACAGUCCCCAGCAUGCAAAGUCUGGCCAAUCGCCACCGGACCCCUCAGUGCCUGGCCCCUCAGGUCCUGGCCCCUCAGGUCCUGACCCACCAGCACCUGACCCACCAUCGCCUGGCCCCUCAGGUCCUGGCCCCUCAGGUCCUGGCCCCUCAGCGCCUGGUCCCUCAGGUCCUGCUCUCCUAAGCCCCUUGGCCCCUGCAGAACUCGGCGCCUCAGCCCACGACCAGGACGGGCUCCCGGGCUCCGGCCCCCAGCCUCCAGCCCUGAGUCAGGAGAUGUACCGCUUCUUUGCUACGGCCAUCCACCAGCAUCGCCAGGCCAGAGUCGAACAGGAAGUGAGACGAGGUGGACAGGAAGGAAGCCAGAGAGAGCAGGUCUCAAUGGACCUCGACAAGACCACCUCCUCUUCAACGACAGCCCAUUCCUCAUCCUUGUCUGGAGCCACAGUGUCCUCCUCACAUCUCCCCAAGUCCUCCUCAUCUUCUUCAGAUCUCCCCAAGUCCUCCUCAUCCUCUUCAGAUCUCCCUAAGUCCUCCUCUUCUUCUACUUCUUCUUCUCUCCCUCCUCCGGCCGGAGUAGUCCCUUCCUCUUCUGAACAGAACACACAACAGAAGUGUGAAGAAUCUCCUGUCCAGGUGUCUGAGGCUGUUGACACGACACACACUCCAUCGCCUACCAGCCAGGAAGGGUCACGCAUCACUGCCACGGAGGAGGCGGAGUCUCUUCCUGCCUGUCCCCAAAUCACAAGGAAGGAGGUACUAAGUGUAGCAGCCAUGGUAUGUGAAGAUGACAUGGCGAGGCCUGGCCACAUGAUGGCAGCAGAGACCUCUCUUAAAAGUGCAGCAUCACUGACAGGAAAGGAUGUCUUACACACUGAUCCAUGUCUGGAGGAAGAGGGGAAGAGAAAGGCCCAGCAAGAGUUAACCCUCACAGGAAAGGAUGUGGUCGUCUCUCCCAGCGAAGACAUGAAGGAGAACAGAGUAGAGGUGGAUGAAACACACCAGCAGCUGGGUGAUGAAAAGACAAGCGACCAGAUGCUCCAUUCGAGGCCAGAGUGCGGCGAGGAGAUGCCUCACAAAACCCCGGUCCAGCCUGAGACACCAGGCCUCCCUGACCCUGAGAGCCAGACCUCUGAACCCCAAGAGGAGGAAAUGUUGGCCAAAGUCGCUAAUGAAGCUGAGCCAUUCCAGGAGGUCCCAGAGCACAAAGAGACCAUUUUGGAAGAGGGGAAGAUGACAAUUGUAGAAGAACAAAUGCCUUCUGUGAAUGAAGAAACCCCAUCGGUAGUUUCGGAGGCAGCUGAUGCUUUACUCAACGGUGCAUCGACAGAGGAAGGAGACAUCAACCGGCUCAUUGACUGUGUUGAAGGAUCUCCUCCCGAAGAGGAGGAGCAGAAGACCAAGGAAACCCAAGAAGAGCAGAAGACCAAGGAAACCCAAGAGGAGGAGCAGAAGACCAAGGAAACCCAAGAAGAGCAGAAGACCAAGGAAACCCCAGAGAAGGAGCAGAAGACCAAGGAAACCCAAGAAGAGCAGAAGACCAAGGAAACCCCAGAGGAGGAGCAGAAGACCAAGGAAACCCCAGAGGAGGAGCAGAAGACCAAGGAGGUGCAGACCAACAAGGAGAAGAACAGCAAGGAGCUCAAAGAGGAGGAGCAGAGAAAUAAGGAACCCACAGAGGUCGAGCAGGGUAGAAAGGAUCCAACAGAGCAGGAACAGGGUAACAAUGAUCCAACAGAGGAGGAGAUUAAGAAAAAGGAGCCAACCGAGAAGGGGCAAAACUCCAGGGAGCAGAGCAUCGAGGAGGAGCAGAACACCAAAGUGGAGAAGAACAUCAAGGAACCCCCAGAGGAGGAGCAGGGUAACAAGGAGCAGAGCAACGAGGCCCCCACUGAAGGGGCGGACAACAAGGGGCCCGCUGUAAAGGCGGGGGCUCCUGAGAUGGAACAGCGACGAUCUAAGAGAGGUCACCCAAGUCCAGCGACCACGCCGCUGUCCACCAGACGCUCCACCAGGCACUCCACCCCCUCCAUGAAGAGGGAAAGCCCUGGGGAGCUACCAGUGGAGAAGGCAGUCUCUGUAGAAGUGGAAGCCUCCUCCUCCCCCCGGGUAGGUGAAAGCCCUUCCUCCGGGGCCCCCCUCCCCCAAGGUCACCCCCAUCCAAAGGAAGAAGAGGUAGAAUACCAGGUGACGGACUCUGUGGAAGGUGAGGUGGUCGAGGGAGUCCAGCUCCCCACCAGGAGGAAGAGGGGAAGGCCAACCAAACAGACGGCCAAGAACGUCCGGGUGAAGAAGGAGCAGCCCACUGCCCCGGUAGCAGAGGGGUCCGGCAAGAAGCCAGAGGAACCGUUAGAAAACCAGGCCGGUCCAACCAGGAAAGAGACCAAACCCCAGGAGGCCCCAGAAGAGAAGUCGAGAGGCAAAGUGGAUGGUGCAGAAGAAAGCCAAAUGGCCGACAUAGUGACCCCAAGCAACCCCAAACCAAGGGUCUCCGACGAAGGGGUCAGUUUGGAGGAGGUGGCUACAUACCAGGUACUGGACUCUGUGGAGGAGCUGGAGGUGAAGGAGGGGCCACCCGUGACGAGGGGCAGAGGAAGGAAGGCCAAAACCCCUACGAGGAAGGAGUGCAAGCGGAGUCUAGAGGAAACCGUGUUUGAGGUGUUGGAUUCCAUCGGGGGCGACGUGUUGGAAGACGUGCCAGCGCCAGGACGACCCCGACGGGGGCUAGCGAACAAAGACCCAACGCCUGAAAAAGAUGGAAAGGUAGUACCUGACGACACUCCUGAAGGAACGCACGGCAAGCAGGAGCAAGUCAAGAAGGAACAGGAGGUGGCCCGUCAAGUCAUGGAGGAGCCACAAGGUGACGAGCAGCCUGCUGCCGGAAAGAGAAGGAGUGGACGAGGGAGGAAAGAGGAGGUGGCGGUCUCUGGGACCUCCAAAAUGGCCGCCAAAGAAGGUCAACAGAGGGUGAAGGAGGAGGAGGUGUACCAGGUGGUGGACUCCACCGAAGACAACCCCCAUGAGGAGGAGCACGUCGACCCCCCCGGUCCUAGGAGAAGGAGCCAGCGGAGGGACCCAGCACCGACAGUGACCAGAGCCCCCAGAAGGCCUGCUUACUCCACCCAGGGGGAGGAGCCUCUGUACCAGGUGGUGGACUCGGUGGGGGGCGAGGAGGAACCGGCUCCAGUGGAGGAACAGCCGCCAGGGUUAGAGCCUAGGAGGGGGGAGAGAGGUCGUAAGGUCGCGGGGAGCGACUCCGCGACAGAAGACAAAGCGGCAAAGAAGAUGAAGACCACGGAGCAAACCGUAACGCCCAAAGUAAACGAGGGUGUGGGAGCAAAGAAGGUGAUGGACGGAAGGAAGAAGGAGAGCCAGGAGCAGGAGGAGAACGCUCUGGUGAGUCUGGAUGAGGUCAGUGAGGAAGAGGAGGACUACCCCGACGAUUCAGUUGAGGAGGAAGAACUGAGGAAGAGGCAGACAGUCGAGGAGAGGCGGAGAGAGGAAGAGGAGGAAGAGGAGAGGAAGCUGGGAGAAGGAAUGGAGGGGCUGGUGACCCUAGAUGAGGUUGGAGAGGAGGAGGAGGAGGAGGUGGAUGAGGAAGAGGUUGGUCAUGGAGGAGAGGCAGAGAGUGGAAGAAGAGCGGGGGGGAUCACAGAAGAAGAACUGCAGGCGUUGGUCACUCUGGACGAGAUUGUUGAGGAGGAAGGGGAGGAGCCAACACUUUCAGAGCCCCUUCCAGACGACCAAUCAGAGGCCGGGUUGAAUACUGAGACGGUCUGUGAUGAAGAGCAAGCGUCUUCCUCCAUCGUUGGUGAAUGUAAACAAAGCGAGGAGCAAGCAGAGGAGUGUGUGAGCUUCGUGACCUUGGACGAGGUGGGAUACGAGGAGGAGGAGGAGACACAGCCACGCAGCAAAAGAGGUAGACAGGCUACAGAGAGGAAAUGCACCAGGAGAGAACAGCAGCAACAACCAGCAACGGCUAAACCCUCUGGAGAGGAAUCCCCGCCCAUCCCGGCCCAUGCUACCUCCCUAUUGGCCGGCGAGCCCAGGGCUGUUUUGAGCGUCAAAGGAGCAGAGCCAACGGCAGAAAGCCCCGCCCGGGAUGUUGAAGAGACAGGGUCUGAGGAGACAAGGCUUCUGAGGAAAGCUUCCAGUAAAGCGAGGAGGGUGGAGGAAGAGGCGGAGCCUAAGAGAGUCCGCUCUCACUCUCCCUCCGUUGCCAACGACUACACCCUGCCCGCGUUCACCCCCAACAACCCCCUUGGGUCGGAGCAUGUGGUUCCUGGGUUCUACUGUAAUCUGUGUUCUGUGUUCUACAAAAACGAGACCAGCGCCAGGACACUCCACUGCAGCCGCUUGGGUCACUACAACAACCUGAAGAAGUAUUAUCAGGGUCUCCAAGAGGAACAAUCCAGGAGCCAAUCAGGAGGCUCUACUGCUGGCAACUCCCCGAAAUGACUCUAGCCCCGCCCACAAACAACCGUCUCUUCAUUGGUUUCACCGGAAUAUGGAGGAGCCUCAUCUACGUUGUUCAAUCAUUUUUUAUAUCGUUUUGAGUGUGUGAAGAAGGAGAUGAGUUUGUUUAGCGCCAAAAGAAAAGGACGAUGUGUACUCUGAUCGUUCAGAGUACAGAAGGACAGAGGUCUGCACUUCCCAGGUCGUUAUUAGAUGGCGUUCAAGAUAUAGAAGACGGCGCUGGUCUUACUUUUUACUUACUUUUUACUACUUUUUACUUUUUACAGGAGUCAUUAUGGUGUGACCGUUUUAUUAAAGUAUGUUAUGUUCAAUGAUUUCAAAUAACAACGUUCAAUAAAAGUCGGCAAAAAUUGAGUAAUUUCUGUCAUUGAGUUGUUUGGCACUCUCAUAUUCAGCAGAUGAUCCAUGUUGGGCUUUCACCAAAUAGACAACCAGGAAUACAAACACAAAUUGUUAUGUAUAAUGAAUAUCUUAAUACUUGUGUAAUACUUGAUUAUACAUGUUAAAUGCAUAUAUAUAUACUAUACAUAUUACAUUUUCAUUUAAUUUCCUAGGAUGUAUUGCGGUUUGGAGGUGCUUCUGAUUGGCAAGAGAGACCUGGUACACGUGUGAAUGUUUUGUGUCGAUUUUGUUGAGUGUUGGGGGUAACGAGUUGCAAAGUAUCGGAUUAAAGUCACGAUAUUACUUUUUGGGGUAACGAAGUAAAGUAACGCAUUACACUAAAAAUAUCGGUAACUACACUACUUUACUAGACUAAUAGGAACGCACAUUCCUGCCUUACCCCAGCCAUGUUUGCCUGUUUUAAUGUUAUGAUCUCUUUAAGGGGUGCGUGCUGACUGUGUGUGCUGCUCUUGCUUGCCUCGGCACGUUGCCAUAGCGAUCGAUUUGAGUGACGUAGCUGCUUGUGCGAAGGAGUGUUGGAGCGCUAAAGCAGGUAACACAUUAACAGGCUGGUUGCAGGGUUCAUUGUAGAAGACUAUUGAAUUGCUCAGAUUUAGAGAAAUCGCAAGCCAACAUACGACAGAAAAACAUUUGCCCAUUACCUGAACAAGUGUUAUUCCGACAUGGAAUUGAAGCCCAAAAUAGUUUGAGUCCCUGGAUCAUGUGUCCACCACUACUUUAUUUCGUUACCCCAAAAAAUGAUAUCGUUACUGUAAUCAGUUACUUUGUACCUCGUUACCCCACACAUCGAAUAGUGUUAGGGUAGUUACUCAUAAACAGCAAUUACUUAUUAAGAGUUACUUCUGUAAAUUGUAACUAUUGCUUUACUAAUACUGCAUUUGAAAAGUAACGUCACUAAUUACUUUACUUUACCGUUUCUUAAUUUAGUGUAGAUUUCAUGGACAAACCGGAUGAACAAAUGACAAACAGGAAUGACGGUGCACUUGGUAGACAGCAUUAGUUUAAACGUGAGAAGGCUCUUUCCUGCAAGAGGGUGAGAGGAAGACACAAUGUCAUAGAUUGUGAAAUAAAUCAUGUUCAUCCAGCCUUUGGACUAUCACAAAGUAACAGCAUGUGUCACCACCGCUUAUCUUUUUGGGAUAAAGUGAACUUUAUUUUAAUAUUUUCAUUGACCACUUAAUUUUUGUUCUCAUGGUUCCCAAAGCCUAUGUUUUGAAACGUAUGUGUUGAUUGACCGUACCAUAGCCUCUUUUAUCCUGUUUGUGGAUUUUACAGUGAGGCAUAUUUCUUUGUGCAGACAGGGAUAUUGAUCGUUCAUAUGGUUCUAUGCCAUUUUGUAUACAUUUAAACAAAAAACACAAAGUAAUGAUAGGGCUAUGAUGUUUUUCCAUGUAUCUACAGUAAAUUAAGAAACGGGAAAGUAAAGUAAGAAGUAGUGAAGUUACUUUUCAAAUGCAGUAACUAGUAAAUUAAUCUCAUUACAAUUUACAGAAGUAAUAAGUAACUAAUUACUAUUUUUGAGUAACUACCCCAACACUGUUAUUUGGAUGAUAAUAAUAUACCGUCUCCCAUAUGCCCCGUCUCUUCUGUUCUUGCUCAUUCUCCC